CCCCGGCCGCCCCGACAGCACCUUCGCUCACUCUCAGACCAGACCGCGAGUCCAGACGGGUGCCACCUGCCCGUCAGCCAGUCCGUUCCCUCGACUCGCGACCCCGACCAGCAUGUCCGUCGUAAGCUGAGAUCGGACUGCGCGCGCGAGUGUGUGUGAGUGUGCGAGAGAAGAGCGUGAUUGCUUGUGUGUGAGAGAAAAAGAGAGAGAGAGCGCAGGCCGCGAGCGCGUGUGUCGUUGUGAACGCCGCAGCCGCCGCCAUGAAGUGCGUCCUGGUGGUGCUGCUGCUGGCCGCGCUGUCCGCGGGGGCCGAGGACUCGGCGCUGACGGCCAGCUUGGUGAACGGCAGCGACAGCGCUGCCCCGACGGCCACCCCUCUCCGCUCGAGCACCGACGACACCAUGUCGAGCGUGGACUGGACGGCGGCCACGGCGCCACCGCCGACCCCGGCCGCCAACAUGACGAGCCUCGACUUCUUGCUCGACGUGUUCAACGCCGACCGGCUGGCGCGCGUGUGGGACAAGCAGGCCAGCGUCAUCACGGAGCAGUGCUACAGCGAGCUGGCCACCUUCUUCGACGCCAGGAAGCACGCGCACAUCUGGGCCUUGAAGAUGAACGACGCCACGGGCAAGUACGGCGGCGGCUACUUCUUCGGCAACACCUACUGGAUGGGCUCGCAGACGCUGUGCGUCAACCUGGCGCACAACACCUCGUCCCACAGGAAGGACGUCGGCCACCUGACGCCGCCCUUCCCGGCCGCCUUCUUUGUCAUCAGGGCCGACCUCAGCCUCCCCGAGUCUGUCGCCGAAAACAUGCGGACGGUGAACAUGGGGCUGUGCCUGCCGGCGAGUUGCGGCGCCCGCGAUAUAUCCCGCCUCAUCGACCUGUCCGUGGAGACUGCCAACUCCGUGGACCCCCGGGCCGCCAAGGCCAGGUCCUUCAAGGUCACCUCUGUGCGCACACCCUCCACCGAGUACCUCUUCUGGGAAGACUCUACCUUCUGGGUCCUUGUUGGGGCUUCGUUCAUCGUGGCGGUGCUGAUCGGGGCGGGCACGGCGUACGACUACCUGCUGGAGCACCGCAAGCGCACGGCGCUGCGCCACUCGGGCUACGACAACUACUCGUUCGGCCUGGGCGCGCCGCGGCUCGUGGGCAUGCGCGGCAAGGGCGACUUCGGCGUGCGCCUCGACGUGACGGUGCCGGACAAGGCCGCCGCCGCCGCCGUGGCCACCAUCCCCGCCCCCGCCCCCGGCCACCCCGUCGGCCAUCCCGCCGGCCACCCCACCGGCCCGGCCACCGAGUCCUCCAUGUACAGCAGCAGCAGCGAGCUGGCCACGAGCGUCUACACCGGCAGCGCUGCCUCGAGCGGGGACUCCUGCGGCUCGCGCGCGCCCUCCAGCGCCAGCUCCGACACCGACUCGGAGAGUAAGCCAUCACGAUCACGCCAUCACGGUCCUGAUUCUCUUCUCCCGCCGGUUCGAGAGCAAAAAAGCGAUUGCAGCGAGCCAGAUUUAGUUCCUUGAGCGUGGCACGGCGCAUGGCCCGUGCGUCGUCUCGCUGCCAAACAUUCGGCAGCUGUCAUACCGUGAGAUGGAAUGACGCGCCUGCUCGGCCUUCCCUGGGUGACGCUAGUGCUCACGCUAGUGUGCGCACUAGAGGCGCUCGGCAGCUAUCAAUAACCUCUCAUUUGCAGCGCGCUUG